CACACGCUUUGGCAUUGACUAAAAAGUAAACCUCGUUCAAAUCUGUUGAGAAAUGAGCAAAUUACGAUUUAAUUUCAAUGUCCAUGCAUUGCGUUGGACGGGAAGGUCGACCUUUUCAACAUGGCCGCCACGUAGGCACGUCAGUUAUCCGAGAUGAUCCAUCGGGCUAGAUGAUCUCGUACUGUAUAUACGUCGAUAAACUUCCGGUGACGCAAUGUUAUCAAAUAUAAGUGAUAUGACGUACUCGAAUCCAGUACUUUUGUGAAAUACAAACCUUAUUGAAUACAACCACAAUAGACAGGAAGAAUAUAGACUAUAUAGGGGCGAACAGUCUACGUAAAUGUAAACAAAAAUAUGGAAAAGAAAGGGACUCCAAAAUGUUUCCUUAAUUUAAAUUGCAGUCUUUACAGGGUCUUCUGGUCCGAACGGCCUUGGGAUGCAAAGAAGAACUCAUGUACAGCAGUAAUAUUUUGAACACAAGAUUAGGCCGCUGAUUUGCAAAGCCACGCCCACGAGAGGAUUGGCGUGACGGCCUGUAGUGUCACGGAUCACGUGACCAUUGUGUUUGUAGCACUUGCAGUUUGUCCAAAUGGACACAGACUAUGCCGAACAAACCUCACAGUAGAACGUUGGUCCGCGUCACUAGCCAGGAUGCUCCCCAGCCUGGCCCACAGACCGUGGCAGGUCUUCUGCAGGGUCUCCUGGAGGCACAGAUCGAGGCUCCCACAGCCGUGCCUCGGGUGGAAAACCGGGAGCACAUUUAGCUCGUGCCUCAGACCUCCGGACUGUCGAGUUGCCUCGGCGGGAGCGGCCGAGGUCCACUUCUAUUCUACCUUUGGAAACGGCAAAGAUGGACCUCCAAGAUCUCCGUCGGAUGCCACUGAAAAAGUGACCGCAAAACCCAACGUAGCAGCAACAGGUUCUGCGCUUAAGGGGCUCACUACAGCAGAGACCAUUCAAGUGAAAGUCCGGGCCGUCCUGAAGAAGCGUGAAUAUGGCGCCAAGUACACGCAGAAUAACUUCAUCACGGCUGUCCGAGCCAUGAAUGAAUUCUGUCUUAAACCGAGUGACCUGGAGCACCUUCGCAAGAUCCGAAGACGCAGCCCCCACGAUGACACUGAGGCCUUCACUGUGUUCCUGCGCUCGGACGUCGAGGCGAAAGCUCUGGAUGUGUGGGGAAGCCAAGAAGCUCUGGCCAGGGAGAGAAAUCUCCGGAAGGAAGUGGAGAGAGAGUACGAAGAAAAUAUCUUUCGUAGUCAGCAGCUGUUGAAGGAAUACAAAGACUUCUGGGGAAACACAAAGCCUCGAUCAGGCAAAAGGACAACAUUUCUACAAGGCCCAGGCAAAGUGGUUAUGGUCGCCAUUUGCAUAAAUGGGCUGAACUUCUUUUUCAAGCUGCUGGCAUGGGUCUACACUGGUUCAGCAAGCAUGUUCUCAGAGGCCAUCCACUCUCUAGCCGACACCUGCAAUCAAGCCCUGCUGGCUCUGGGCAUCAGCCAGUCUGUACGGAACCCUGAUGCUGGGCACCCGUAUGGCUUCUCCAACAUGCGCUACAUCGCGUCCCUCAUCAGCGGCGUGGGCAUUUUCAUGAUGGGCGCCGGGCUCUCCUGGUACCAUGGUAUUAUGGGACUGCUGCACCCGGAGCCUAUUGAGUCUUUAUUAUGGGCAUACUGCAUUUUGGCGGGUUCUCUGGUGUCUGAAGGAGCCACACUACUGGUAGCGAUCAAUGAGAUAAAGAGAAGUGCCCAAAACCACAGACUUUCCUUUUAUGAAUAUGUAAUGCAGAGUCGAGACCCAAGCACCAACGUGGUGCUACUUGAGGACACCGCCGCUGUGCUCGGGGUCAUUAUGGCUGCAAGCUGCAUGGGACUCACCUCGUUGACAGGUAAUCCGUACUAUGACAGCCUGGGCUCGCUGGGAGUGGGAACGCUACUCGGCACCGUCUCGGCCUUCCUCAUCUACACCAACACGGAGGCGCUGCUGGGACGCUCCAUACAGGCCGAGCGCGUGCAGAAACUCACAGAGUUCUUAGAGAACGACCCCGCUGUGAGAGCCAUCCAUGACGUGAAGGCCACCGAUUUGGGAUUGAGCAAAGUGCGCUUUAAGGCGGAAGUCGACUUCGAUGGCCGAGUGGUGACACGCUCUUAUCUGGAAAAGCAAGACAUCGACCAAAUCCUCAAUGACAUUCAGCAGGUGAAGACGCCGGAGGAGCUGGAGAACUUCAUGCUGAAACAUGGUGAGAACAUCAUCGACACCCUGGGUGCUGAGGUGGACCGCCUGGAGAAAGAACUCAAGCAACGUAACCCAGAGGUCCGCCAUGUAGACCUGGAGAUCUUAUAAUAACACUGACGCGACGUGGAAGAACCUGCAAGAUGAAGAAGAGGCAAAAGGACGCGCAGGCUCGCAUCUGCUGUCCACUUUGCAUUCCUAACUAAAAGCUCCACCUCCUCACAGGCCUCCGUGCAACAACACUUGAACAUUAUUGUGACAAGUUAACGGUAUGGAAUAGUUUCAACACAACCACAUUGUAUGACAAAGUUCUGACUUCUCCUUGAUGACUCCACAACAUGAAAUCAUGUUACCGAUCAAACUACCUGACACACCAAACCAAUUUUUAUGCUUGACGGAACAACUAUUUGACACACUUAAUGAAGAUUAAUAGGAUUUAUUACAAAUCAUCUAUAUACAAAAGUGUUCAGGCUCAAAUAGUGAACUUUGAGUAGAAUGAACUGCAAAACUACAAUUUAUCGAACCACAUGACUUCACAAUGUGUAUUAUGAAGACUGAACUCCAGUAUAUGAACCAGUUUUGCUACUUGUAAUCCAACAAAUGACAUUUUAUUUGUUUUGUGCUCUGAAAGGCACUGACGUGCCUCGUUUGGCAAACUAUGUAUGAAAAUUGAUUUUCCCCUUUUCCACUCAGUGUGCUGCCAUGUUUUUAUUUUGAAGCCCGUCUUAUUCGGGGCCGAGGUCAUUUCAUGUGAGUUAGUGAGAACAGUGCAUAGUGUUGACUCGUGAGGGUGUGUGUGUGGGAGAGGCGGGAUGCAUACCGUACUGAUGCAGCAGUUGGAACAAAUUAGAAAAAAAUAUUUAUUAAAUUAUUUUAAUUUC